AUAAAAAUCACUUGUAUGGGAACCAAAGAUGAGCCCAUAUGUUUCCAGUCCCACACUGAGCCAGGGUCUAAGCAAGUCGACCCACAAAGGAGGGACCUGUGUAUGGAGUGUGCAGGUGCUCAGCCACUUGCAGGGAGGAACUGGAGACAGGAGAACUAUCCUGGAGCAGCGUGUGACCGAGCUAGAGAGAUCUGGAGCUCAGGCCCGUGACAGCAGGUGUACUGCCACAUGCAAUUUGGAGUCAUCUGCCCCAGCUGUAGGUCUAGCUCCUCUGCAAGCCAGUAUCCUGGUGCUAGGAUUUUCAUCUAGUAGUGAGUUAGCACACAACAGUCUGACCAGUAGAGCACAUGGCACUAAGAUGAAGCCUACUGCUGGAAAUUAAAAUUCAUGGGCUUGAGGUGUUGGGCCAUGGUGGUGUCGUGUUCUAAUCUGGGUUGGGUUGACUUUGGGGCAGGCGGUGUGGUUACAGGAGAGAAGACAGCAGUGAGGGUGAGGUGGCUAUGAAGGAAGUAGUGUGGAGAGGUAUUUCAUUUGGGGCUGUGGGAAUCCCUGGAGCAGGGGAGCCUGAAAACAGAUGGGGAGCCUCUGUUAGCCCAUCAGUCAGAGAAUGAGGUUGUAUUCUAUCAUAGGGCAAAGUACUGACAUCGGAUUGGGAAAUUCCCCUCUCCUCCAGUCCUGGAGACCAAAGCCCUCCACCAGUGAGGGUUCUCCACACUGCCUGGUGCUUGUCUCUUUCAUUUUUCCAGCCAAUCACCUUCCUACUGCUCCCACUGCUUUUUCUUUUUUCCUUCUGAGCCUGUGGUCAUUGGCAGUGAACUUGAGUAUCAGGGGUAACAAAGCUUUAUGGGAAGACUGAUGACCGGCACCCCAAAUGGACAGGAAGUAGAGAUGUGUGUCCUUCCAUGUGAUAGCAAAGAGUGACCUCAAUGAUUCUGUCUUCUGCACUGGGGUGAGGGAGGAAGAGCUGUCCUCUCCAUGGAAUUGAUACAGAGCUCUGGAAGGAGGGGGAUGGCAGCUCUCCAUAAGGAAGAGCCCAUGGUCCGGAAGACAUCCGUCACACCGUCUGGGGAGCCAUGAGGUGCAGAAGGGUCACAUGGUGAAGGUUCCUGGACCCUAUAACAUCCCAAAGGCCAUGCGGUUCUGAAGAGUGGCCUGGCCAAGGCUUUGGGGCACUUUGAUCAUGGAGAGAGACUUUCUGAAGAUUCUAGGCUGUCCUCAUGGGCCCAGAAUGUGGGCAGUGACAAAGGGUUGAAGCAGACAUUCCCAAGGGACAAGGCCCUCAAGGCGCAGCAAUACCACCCAUUGCAAAGCCAUGUUAGAGACAUACUUACCUCAAGUCUGUUUUUGCCAAAGAAGGAAUUCUGCUAUGAGUUUGCCCCAUACAUUCUGGUGUCAGAGGACUUUCCUAAAAUGGGAAAGUGGGGGUAGUAGGUGAAAGGGACACCCUAGCUCUCUGCAUCCCUGGCCCAGAUAGGAGGUGGCCUCUGAGGAAGAUCACUUUGGUGGUGGAAAUGACCAUGGUCCAGGGACCUUGGCUUGCUGCAGAAGCCCCCAGGAUUGGCUAUUCUGGACCACUGCAGAGGCUCAUACAGUAUAAUCAAGGAGACCCUACCCCUCAAGGCCUGUCUUUAACACAAAACAGACUAAUAUUCUAAGAAAGGAGGUCUCAGCACAACUCCUAUACAGUGAGAAAUGCAUGCGUCCUCUGAAGGGGGCCUGGUCUCCCUUCUCCAUCCUGGAGCCCUAAGGUUAGUUGCUGUGGCACCAGGCAGUGUCUGAGGAGUGCACGAGAGGUGGGAGUCAGGAGGCGUGGAAUCCAGGCUAGCUCUUCCGCAGACAAUGUGUCUAUGAUUAAUCCCUUCCUCUUCUGUGCCUCAGUUUCACUCCUCAUGUGAUGGUUGCCACAGAGAAUCAAGUGCCUGUUGGCUCCCUGUAGCUGAAGCAUUAGUCGGUGGGAGCCUCAAAGUCCUGGCAAGAAGGGCUUGUCUACAGCACUUAGCUCCUACUCUACCCUUGUCCUUAGUGGUAAAGGCAUCAGCUUUGCUGCUAGGGUCCUAUUGGAGGAGGAAGUGCUGUCCACACAUACUGUCCACAGGACAGGUGCACCCGUUCUGCAGAAUGCCCUGCAGACUGCUGGGAAGCCCCAGGGCUUGCCAAGCAUGCCCCAUCCUGGAUGCAUACAAUCUUACUCCCCCAACCAGCUCGGCAGCUAUGGUUUCUCAUAAGCUUUCCCAGGAUCUUUGUGGGUUUCCUCUAGCUUAAAAGCCACUUCCCUUCUCAUAGAAGGACCUCCAGUAAAGUUUUGUCUUUGGGCCCUCUCACAUUUCCCCCUUUAUUGUGAGCUGAAGCUCUGCUCCUUCCAGGGCAGCCUGGCCUUGCAGGCUGGGCGGUUGCCUGUUUGGUUAGGAUGAUCUGUCUAGGUUCUACCAUUAGCUCCAGGUUAGAGAACUGCCGGGAACAAGGAUGACUGGUCUGGGAUGCUCUGGGCUCCUGGUUUCAAGGAUGUGCAAAUUAGGUUAAAACACCAUGUUCAAGUCUUACCUUUUGUUAUUUGAUAAAGCAGAACUUGCCUUUUUGCUGUCCUUGUAUGUAUGGCCUUCCUCUCUGAAUCCUGAGUGAGCCAAGAGGUUCUGCCCAUGAGUAUGAGAAGAUGGAAAUGCGAGUGACUUGUACCCUGAAUUAGGAUCAAGCAUUCCAUGGUCACUGUUGCUUAGCACAUCAUAGCUAUCAGAGGUUUUUAUCCAAAAGCCUGCUUUCAAGGGACAAUCACCCAUUUUCACCAGUAGCGCCAAAACCGUGACACCACCCAACAGAAUUCCCAAGAAACUGUUUCAGGAUACCCUCUGCAGUUCCACUCAGAAGUCAGGUGCCAUCUGCUAGCUCUCCUGGCAGGAUGGAGCAAAGUGGCACAGAUAUUGGAAUACUAUCAAAUCUCUGGCCAGGAGACUCAGUCCAUCACAUCUGCAUGUGUGUGGAUUUCAGUGGCACUAGAGAAACAUUGCAAGCAACAGCAUGGGUGACUGUUUCUGGUCUGGAGUGCUAGAGCGCUGCAGCUGCAGCUGGGAGAGGCAGCCCUCAGAGGUGCUGGAGACUCCUCCCGGCCUUCCAGGAAGGUGUAGCCUAGAAACAGGCUGCCAUGGGCAGUCUCGGCUGGCAUGGCCUUGCUUUCUCUUUAGCAGGAAAGCUUCCAGAGAAGGCAGUACCUACCAGGUAGCAAAGCAGUCUCUUCAAGGAACAUGCCAGAAGGUGAGGGGGUGAGCUAAUACCUGGGGGCCUGUUGUGCCUCUGCCUGGUGAGGGGAACCCAGGGUGCAACUGCUUGCUAUUUGCACCUUCCAAGUGACAUAGCCCCUGUUGCUGGGGACUCCAGGACAGAGCCUCCUCGGUGUAGGUCUUCCCAUGGGUCAGUACAAUCCUCAGACCCCGGAAGGCUUUUCGCCGGAGUCCACCUCCUAGCGAGGGCAGGUCCUGAAGAUGGGUGGACAUGCUAGUGCAGCAAUGGGAGGAAUCAGGCACCAGACACUUCUUAGUUUCCUUUUAGGAGAGAUGGACAGAGAGGAAGUGCAUCCCCUGUGGAGACACAGGGCCCAGCAGGGCAUUUAAAGGGUUGGUGAGAAAGGGAAGAGAGCCAGGCCGUGGUGGUCAGGAGAAUCCUGCAGCCUGACUGACAAGCAGCCAGAGUGCUUCUAUAUUUAUACAGAACUCAGUAAGCAGGGGUACACUCAUGUUGUUCCAAAACAUAGAUCAUAUCACUUUUGGUUUUGGACAUGUGUUUAACAUUUUCUCUUAUUCAUCUUUUAGUCAUCAUUAAUGUACUAUGACAAAACAGUUAUCAUUUUCAAUCAUUUUCCAAGCUUUGGCAUCACUGAUACACAGAAUUAUCUUUUAUAAUCAUUCUUACUUAUUAACCCCUAACCCAAUUUUUAAGAAUCUAGAGGCACAUGAGAGCCUGUACUUAGGCUGGUAGCUUUUAUGGCUACAAGGACACUAGACCAAAACAAAAUCUCCAAGCCUGCCUGGGCAUGUUGCCAUGUCCCAAGAAGUAUAUUAUUAACUCUUAAUGGUCAGAGUGUCCAUGAAAAAUCCUCAGGCCAAAGCUGCUGCGGUUAUUCAAAUUCUGGCGUAGUGCAAAGUUCACAUUAUAGAAUGCUUUUCUCAUCUUUCUACACCAUUCUUUGCCCACCAGUCUGAAUCUCUGUGUGGGACAGCAGUAACUUCAGCUAAUCUAAUUUUGUUGCUGUAUAUGCCACGGAAUUCCCUGAGUAUAUAGUGAGAAGAGGCCAACGCCUCUAACCCAUUGAAUUAUGUUGACCUUUUUGAGUUUACUUUGUUUAGAGACCUCUGGUUUCUUUGUGUGUGUCACGACCUCCAAGGUAUAAGGAAGACUUUCAAGUAGAUAAGGAUAUCUCCCUAAAAGCAGGAGGGGUGGUAAGUUCAGGACUUUUCUGAGGACGCUUAGAAACAGUACUCCUGGGAGAAGGCAUAAAUGAUUCAUAAGAAAAUUUCCAACAACUCAAUACCCCCAAAUUAUACAAAUAUUUAAAGUCCUCCAAGUAUGCAACAGGCAGAGAUCAUCAAAACCACGUGGUGGCAUGUCAGCCAUCAUGCAGCUCAGCUUUGCUGGACCUUUGUCAAGUAGCUGUGCUGGCUUUAUGAGUUGUGCCGUCCCUAUCAGAAAUGACUGUGCCACUGGGCCUUUCCCUGGGCUUUUUGAACGCUGCCUCUGUCCAUAACUCUUGCUACCCUCAGCACCCAAAGGUAUGUUAACCUCUGUACCCAAGAAUGGAUGCCUGAAGUGACUCAUAUUUUACCCUAUUUCCAUACGUAGUCAGGACUGUUGCCAGAGUGCCUUGUGCAGAUGUACACGCGACUGUAUGGCAGAAAGCCACGCACAAUGACACAGACUUGUAGUCACAGACGUGGAAGACUGAGUGAGGCAAGAGAGAGUUCAAGGCCUGCUUGGGCCGUGAGGAUAUCAACAUAAGAGAAACCCCUGCAGUAGAAAUGCUUGUGGUUCGUAGCUCGGCAUAGGGACUACACAUCUAUCAGAUAGAAUGCUGGCCACAUUUGGGGGCAAAGACCAUGUCCCCAGAUACCCAGGGCUGCCAGAUCACAACACGUGACCCACCGCGUCCUGGUGGGAAUAAGACGGCGCAAAUACUACUCAGCCAAUCAAAAUAAGGAUUCCUCGGAAGCCCCGCCCUUAGCCCUGAGUGACAGCUGGUGUGCAGGCUGCGUUCCCAGCGGGCGGGGUUUAGAGAUGAACCAGCGCAGAUUCGCUUGGUCCAGGGCCUGUGCUACAGGGAUCACGUUGCGCAUGCUCACGGCCCUCCUCCAGGACGUGCACCUGCUUGGAGAAUCCGCCGUUCGACCCAGCAACCCACCCGAGCAGAGCAUCGCGCACCCAGUCAUGACAGCACACUCCUUUGCCCUCCCAGUCAUCAUCUUCACCACGUUCUGGGGCCUCAUCGGCAUCGCUGGGCCCUGGUUUGUGCCCAAAGGACCCAACCGCGGGGUGAUCAUCACCAUGCUGGUAGCCACUGCUGUCUGCUGUUACCUCUUCUGGCUCAUUGCCAUCUUGGCGCAGCUGAACCCCCUGUUUGGGCCACAACUGAAGAAUGAGACCAUUUGGUACGUGCGCUUCCUGUGGGAGUGACCACGGAGAGUGAUCAGCUGGCUGCUGGCCCCAGGUGCCCUGCUGUGGAUGGCCCAGCCUUGAUGUCCCUGGAGACCCUGCAUUCCCAUUGGCCCCACCAAUCAGUGGAUCCUUCUGUGUUCUCCGUGCUAGCACUGUGGGAUUCACACCCCCAGAGCCAGCCUUGUUUCAGCUUCCCAGCCAUGAGAAAGCCCUGUGCUCAGUCGGGCCACAGCAGGUCCAACCUGUGCUUAAAUCCCCCCACUUGGCAGUUUUCUCUCUCUUCCAAGCAGAUCCUAGCUAAGGGUCUGGACAUCUGUUUCCAUCCUGAGAGCAGAAGCCAGGACUCAGCCCAGUCCCAGAAAGGACAUGAUUCUUUGUGGAGAAGGGACAUAUGGCCCAGGAUACUCCAGGGUUUUCAACUCUGUCUCACCUUGUGAAAUAUUGGGUCAGGGUCACAGGCCUUCUCUCCAGCUCUGGUGUGGAUUAUUCUUUAAGUUUCAAACACUUCUAGAUGUGACAACACUGGAGAUGUUGGUGUCUUAAAGAAACAGUCACACCAAAAACCCUGCACUGUACUUUGGGUCAAGAUAGAAACUUCCAUGUUUAGUUUUUUAUAGCAGUGAAGACAUUCAACAUGGGAGGGAGAUUGUGUGUCUUUGGUAUGUUCUAGUCACUUUCCUCUCCCUCUGUAGAUAAGCUCACCCACUCUCCAGAACCUGUCAGUUGGGGUGCAGCCAUUCCUACCAGGAGGUCACACUCUUCAUUGGGUUGUGUUGGGGCAGAUCCAAGAGCUGGUCCCAAGAGCACUGGAGAGAUUUGGAGCUGGGAUUGGGGGACAGGCAAAGGUAAUGUUUAUGGGCUUCUACUGGCACUAUGCCUCCCUGGCUUCUGAGACCCUCUGUCCCCAAGCUAAUGUGCUCUGUGCCGGCACAAGGAAAGACAGAGAAUGCAGACCACAGGGGAUCAGCCUAGGGAACUCCUCCAGCCCAUGCCCUCACCCCUCUGACAGUGUGAGUAUGGAUUUCAUAUUCUUAGCUGAGUUGCCAGAGCCUAGCUAGGACAGAGCCCUGUAUAAUCCCUGGUUCCCAGCCAGUGACUGAGUUCCCAGGGGAAGAAAAACAGCCUUGAUUAUUUAAUGACUAUUUAUUUUGUCUUCCUCCCCUUGCAGGGGUCAUUUUGGGAGUGGCAGUAGAAUACACUAUAGCUCAGAUUCCUGGGCACUGGGCCUGCUGGUUGCCCAAAGCUUAGGUUGGGGCCUCCGUGGGCAACAACUCCCUUCCUACCCUAACCCCUGAAGCCUUCCUGUGUGGUGGGGCCUGGUGAGCAUGAAUUGUGUUGAAAGCUGAAUCCUGUCUAAUAAAUAAUGGUGAUGCAAGAUUGUGA